AUGACCCGCCAGGCGGACGGCGACCCCGCCUCCGGCCGGCUGCCGCGGCUGCUGUCGGCGCUCUUCUACGGCACCUGCUCCUUCCUCAUCGUGCUGGUCAACAAGGCGCUGCUGACCACCUACGGUUUCCCAUCACCAAUUGUACUUGGAAUUGGACAGAUGGCAGCUACCAUAAUGAUACUGUAUGUGUCCAAGCUAAAUAAAAUAAUUCACUUUCCUGAUUUUGACAAGAAAAUUCCUAUAAAGCUGUUUCCCCUGCCUCUCCUCUACGUUGGAAACCACAUCAGUGGAUUAUCGAGCACAAGCAAGCUAAGCCUGCCGAUGUUCACAGUGCUCAGGAAGUUUACCAUCCCGCUGACUUUGCUCCUGGAAACCAUCAUACUCGGGAAACAGUAUCCCUUGAGCAUCAUCAUCAGCGUCUUUGCCAUCGUUCUGGGCGCUUUCAUAGCAGCUGGGUCCGACCUGGCGUUCAGCCUGGAGGGCUACGUGUUCGUGUUCUUGAACGACAUCUUCACGGCGGCGAACGGGGUGUACACCAAGCAGAAGAUGGACCCGCAGGAGCUGGGCAAGUACGGGGUGCUCUUCUACAACGCCUGCUUCAUGAUCCUGCCCACCCUCGUCCUCAGCGCCUCCACCGGGGACCUCCGGCAGGCUACUGAAUUCAACCAAUGGAAGAAUGUUCUAUUUAUCAUACAGUUUCUUCUUUCCUGUUUUUUGGGGUUCCUGCUGAUGUUCUCCACCGCGCUGUGCAGCCACUACAACUCGGCACUGACCACGGCCGUGGUGGGGGCCAUCAAGAACGUGUCCGUUGCCUACAUUGGGAUGCUCGUCGGCGGAGACUACGUUUUCUCCGUGUUAAACUUCAUUGGGUUAAAUAUCUGCAUGGCGGGCGGCCUGCGGUACUCCUUCCUGACGCUGAGCGGCCAGCUCAGGCCCAGACAGCCUGCGGACGAGGAGAGCGGCCCCCCGGACCUGAAGGCUUAG